AUGGCAACGAGCACAACGCAUUAUUCGGACGACAAGAUCCUUGUGGACGGUAAAGCUGGGCAACCUGGCGACCUUAAGCCUAAAUCUUCCCGAGAAGCCUUCGGAUCCAUAGAGCGUGACGACAAGAUACUAGCCAUGAACGACGGCAGAUUUCCUAGCGACAAACAAGCAGCAUCGACCGAGGACAACGACGACAAGAUCUCGGCUCCAGGCGCUCAAAAGCAAGCCAUGUCCACACUCGACACCAACGACAAAUUUCCCAUCUCUGCACUCGUCGACAAUCAAUCAUCAGACAAAAUACCUACAAUCGGUCACGAAACAUUGGCAUCCACCAGAUCACUGAUUGAUAAACCCCGGCUCAAAUCACACUCACGUUCAUACCGAGAGUAUUCCUUCCAUCACACUACAGCCUGGAAACUCAACCACAACGUGGUCAUAGACCCCAACAACCAUGCCAUGUACCUCAUCGAAGUUUCCGGCUUCACUAAGGGAAGGGAAGAUGUUGUACUGCAUAGCGUCACUGACGGUUUAGCUUCCAAGGGAAACGCGUUGACGGCAGAGGAGGGUAAGACUUGUCCCAACGUGGCGUUUGCCCAGUUCCCUCACAAGAAGCCGCAACUGGUACGACUUGGCUUGGGAGACUACGAGCACUUGAAUACAGUCAAGUGGCUCGAACUCAAUCGGCCUGGUGACAACGACGAUUGGAUUUUGACGGUACCCAACGGUACCGACAGUCUCUCGUUCAGACUCGUAUCUGCCCAGAGUGCCGCAGACUCAGACCCCCUCGCUUCAGUUACGCCCUCAGCACACUCUCCCAGCUCAUUGGCACCAGCGAACGAUACCAAAGGACCAGCCGGUAACUUUCGCUUCGUGGAUGUCGGACUCGGCGCUGCACUUGCUGCAUAUACCGAGCAGAAAGCCAUGACUAGCUGGAAGAAGAGAGGGAAACUGAGGCUGUACGAUGAUGCACUCAGUGGCGCAGGGCUUUUAUCAGGACAAGAGCUCGAGCAAGCCAUCGUCCUCUGCUGUGCAGUGUUGAACGAGAAGCGUCGGCAGAAAGCCAUUCGCAAGUGGAGUGGUCUCGGCAUCAUCUAA